AUGCCGGUGACGACGAAAAUCCAGUUUUUUAUUUUAUUCAUUCUUUAUAUUACGACAAAAUGUGAAUCAGUUAAUGUAGAAACUGUGUCUAGUGAUAUAAAAUUUAAAAAUGUGGACAGAACGAUAGAUCUCACCUCACAACUUGUAAAAAUUACUUCGAAAAUAACCCUGGAGAAUAGUGGCAAAUCGCCGGUGAAGAACUUUCUUUUGGCUAUCGAGGCUUCUGCGAAAGAUAACUUAGCUUCUAUAAACGCUAAGGAUAGUAGUAAUAAAGAUCUACGAACUGUUGAAUCAACAGUCAAAGGUAAUGCCAACAUCAAGUUUUGGCGUGUUGACCUCAAAGAGCCAUUGAACGCCGGUUCCACCGUCGUGGUCACAGCGGAAACAGUAUUCACCAAAGCUCUACAGCCGUAUCCCACUGCUAUAACACAACAAGAGGACCAAUUAGUCAAGUACACUGGCAACCUUUAUGUAUAUUCUCCAUACCCAGUCACAUCGCAAAAAACUAAUGUUGCCAUAAAUACUAAGAGCAUUGAAACAUUUACCAAAGUCAAGCCAUUCUCACAGCAAGAUGGCUCUAUUCAAUAUGGUCCAUAUUCUAAUAUGGUUCCUUACAGUGAGAAGGAGUUAAGUAUUCACUACAAAAAUAAUUCUCCUUUCCUAACAGUCACACGUGUUGAAAGACUUAUUGAGGUAUCACAUUGGGGGAAUAUAGCUGUUGAAGAACUGAUUGAAGUUGAACAUACUGGAGCUAAACUGAAGGGACCUUUCUCUCGCUAUGAUUACCAACAAGACCAUCAUAGCGGCCCUGCUAGUGUCAGAUCCUACAAGACUUUGUUGCCAGCUUCUGCAUCUGAUGUGUACUAUCGCGACACAAACGGAAAUAUAUCUACAUCCAACAUGAAAGUGAAAAAAGAUUCCGUCGAGUUAGACCUUAGACCUCGUUAUCCACUCUUUGGUGGAUGGAGAACCCAUUACACUCUUGGAUACAAUGUGCCGAGUUAUGAAUAUUUGUAUCACUCAGGCAAUGAGUAUCUGUUGAAAAUGCGAGUUAUAGAUCACAUUUUUGAUGACAUGCAAGUGGAUGAAUUAACAACAAAGAUAAUUCUGCCAGAGGGAUCUACAGGAAUUAAGCUAAAUAUCCCAUAUCCUGUUACAAGGCUUCCUGAUAGUCUGCAUUACACUUAUCUGGAUACAAAAGGCCGUCCAGUUAUAACAUUUAAAAAGAACAAUCUUGUUGAAAAUCACAUUCAAGAUUUUCAACUGCGUUACACAUUCCCUCGCUUACUAAUGUUGCAGGAACCUUUACUGGUUGUUGGUUUCUUGUAUGCACUGUUCUUGUGUGUUAUUAUAUACGUAAGAUUAGAUUUCUCCAUCCAUAAGUCUGAACAUCAGCAUAAAGAUUAA